UCAACUCUCAUAAAUAUUAUAUGGUCUAAUCCCUAAUUGGUUCAAUCCUAAUUGCCUUGUUUUACAUGAAACUCAACAUACUUGUAGCUUAUUUGAUUUUCAAAUAAGCCAACUGUUGUUGUUUCCCUCACUCUUACCCCCCUUUAGAUCUCAACCCUCUCACCAUUCACAUGUUGGCUCCUCAACAAAAGACAAUCAACAACACAAUGCUUUAGUUUAGCUUAGCCCUCACUCCAUACCCAUUUCUCUCUCAUUCUGAAGCUCUCUCCUUUACAAUAAUCCCUCUCCAUUCUCUGGAAACCCACUUGCAUUUCUCUCUCAAAAACCCAUUUGGCUUUCUUUCUGCAACAAAAACCCAUUACCAUUAGCCAUUAACAAUGAGUACAGCAGCACCCAAAUCUGGAAAGCCUACAAAACCCCCAAACCAAAACCAACCCCCCUCGAGAUCUUCUUCUCUCUCGACACAUUUAGCCAUGGUAGAGCUCAAGCAACGAAUCCUUACCUCUUUAUCUAAGCUUGCCGACCGAGACACCCAUCAGAUCGCAAUUGAAGACCUUCAUUCCAUUAUUCAAUCUAUCUCACCUGAAGCGCUGCCUAUGCUCCUCAAUUCCAUAUAUGACUCCCUUUCUGAUUCUUCUAAUGCCAAACCAUCUGUAAAGAAAGAAUCUUUGCAUUUACUUUCUCUUACUUGCCAAUCUCAUCGCGAUUUGACAUUGCCCCAUUUGACAAAAAUCAUUUCCCACAUUGUUAAGAGACUGAAGGAUUCUGAUUCGAGUGUUAAAGAUGCGUGUAGAGAUGCUAUUGGGGUUUUAUCGGGUCUGUAUUUGAAGAGUAGCGGUGGCGGGGCCGGUGGUGGAGAGGGAGGUGGAGAUAGCAAUGGAGUGGGAUCCUUGGUGGGGUUGUUCGUUAAGCCGUUAUUUGAGGCUAUGGGAGAGCAAAACAAAGGUGUUCAAUCAGGUGCGGCAAUGUGUAUGGCGAAAAUGGUGGAGUGUGCGUCUAUGGAGGCGAAUGUUUCUAGUGGCAAUGGUGGUGAUGGUGGUAAUGCGCCUACUGGGACUUUCUUAAAGUUGUGUCCAAGGAUUUGUAAACUGUUGAAUGGGCAAAAUUUCCAGGCCAAAGCUGCUUUAUUGGGGGUGGUGACAAGUUUGGCACAGGUGGGGUCAAUUGCACCUCAAGGGUUGGAACCAUUGCUGCAAAGUAUUCAUGAGUGCCUUGGCAGUACAGAUUGGGCAACACGUAAGGCUGCAGCUGAUGCUCUAAGUGCCUUAGCAUUGCAUUCAAGUGGCUUGAUUACAGAUGGAGCUACUAAUUCCACACUUACAGUGCUUGAGACUUGCCGUUUUGACAAGAUAAAGCCUGUCAGAGAUAGCAUGACAGAAGCGUUGCAAUUAUGGAAGAAGAUUGCAGGAAAAGGAGAUGGCAUUGUGGAUGACCAAAAGGCUUCCUCUUGUGAUGGUAACAAUCCUGAACAACCAGAGUCGUCAGACACAAUUCCAAAACCUAGUGGUCAGAAAACAGAAUCAUCAGCAAGGGAUUCAUCCAGGGGUUCUCCCCCAACUGUGGAUUCUGCUACUAAAAGCAAACCUGGAAGCAUUCCUGAUAAAGCAGUUGUAAUAUUGAAGAAAAAAGCACCUGCCUUGACGGACAAAGACUUAAAUCUUGAAUUCUUCCAGAAACUUGAAACGAGGGGGUCUGGUGAUCUGCCUGUUGAAGUUGUUGUUCCUCGUAGAUUUGCCAAUUCCUCAAAUUUGAACAAUGAGGAAGAUCCACAACCAAAUGAUUCUGAAUCAAGGGGAAGGUCAAACCGCACUGGAAACAGCCAAUCAGAUGACCUACAUGGAUCUUUGGAUACUAAAAAUCGUAACAUUGAGAGAGGAAUUGUUGGGAAAGAUUCAAGAACUAGAAUAUUUGAUGAUGACAGGCUUGAUGUAAAUCGGAGGGAAUCAUCAGGCAGUCGUGCAGGUUUCUCCAAAUCUGAUGGUCAGUCUGAAGGAUCCUUGAUAAAUAGUAAAGGAAAUUGGUUGGCUAUCCAGAGGCAGCUAUUGCAGUUGGAGAGGCAACAAACUCAUCUCAUGAAUAUGCUGCAGGAUUUCAUGGGUGGGUCACAUGAUAGCAUGGUAACUUUGGAAAACAGAGUUAGGGGUCUUGAGAGAAUCGUUGAAGAUAUGGCACGUGAUUUGUCAAUAUCAUCAAGUCGAAGGGUUGGUAAUUUUACUAUGGGUUUUGAUGGAUCUUCCAAUAGAUCUUUAGGGAAGUAUAAUGGUUUUGCUGACUAUUCCAGUGCUAAGUAUAACGCACGUGUUCCUUAUGGAGAAAGAUUUGCUCAAUCUGAUGUUACUGGAUCAGGAAUGAGAGGAAGAGGCUCUCAUUGGAGAUCCGAUAUGUCUGAUGGUUGGGAUUUUCCAAGUUAUGGUGCUUCCAGAAAUGGGCAGGUCAGCUCUAGGAGAGCUCCAGGUGGUAGUUCUCUGGAUGUUAGAUCACCUAAAUCAGAAUCUGAAAGUGAUCAGGUUGGAAACAGGAGAGCCUGGGAUAAAGGUGCUGGACCUGUUAGGCUUGGUGAAGGGCCUUCUGCUAGAAGUGUCUGGCAAGCCUCUAAGGAUGAAGCUACCUUGGAAGCCAUUCGGGUUGCUGGGGAGGAUAAUGGAUUAUCGCGAACAGCUAGAGUGGCCAUUCCUGAGUUGACAGCAGAAGCUAUGGGUGAUGACAAUGGUGGCCAAGAGAGGGAUCCUAUUUGGACAUCCUGGAGUAAUGCAAUGGAUGCCCUUAAAGUGGGUGAUAUGGAUACUGCUUAUGCUGAAGUUGUGUCCACAGGGGAUGAUUUCCUGCUUGUGAAGCUAAUGGACAGAUCAGGUCCUGUGGUUGACCAACUUUCAAAUGAGACAGCAUGUGAGGUCUUUCAUGCUAUUGAGCAAUUUCUACUUGAGCAGAACUUGUUUGACAUCUGUUUGUCUUGGAUUCAACAGUUGGUAGAAAUAGUGUUGGAAAACGGACCUGAUGCCCUGGGCAUUCCGAUGGAAUCAAAGAAGGAGCUUCUGUUGAGCUUGCAUGAAGCAUCUAUGGCAAUGGAUCCUCCUGAAGACUGGGAAGGGGCACCUCCUGACCAACUCUUGAUACAGUUGGCAUCAGCUUGGGGUAUUGAACUGCAACAUUUUGACAAGUAAUUAAUUGCGUGUUUGCUUGUUAUGAGUUUUGUACAAACCAUUUGGUUGGAUGAUUAGGAAAAAUACACCUCAAUUUUACAAUUAAAUGUAAAUGAGCAGACAGGUUUUGUAACAAAUGUGGAUUUGGUGAAGUUGGAACUUCCUUUCAAUCA